UGGUCAAAGAAGAGUAAAGAGGUUGUUUGCGUAGCGUUUGGUCAAAUUUGGAAACUAGAGUUCACGCGGAAACCAACAGUGUUUUCUUUGUUCACACCAUUAUUCUUCCUUCUCCUAAUCAAAAAUCUGUAUAAUGUAAAAUGAUUGAUUGCGCUACAGUUUUGAUGGAAUAUGAGUUUAGUGUACACACCCAAAAAAAAGAGAGGAUUAACUGCAACUUAAUCUGCGAAUGAGACAGCAAGUAUAAACUAUCUAAACUACUUAUUUACUUUGGUCCAAUGUUAUACAUGAAUCAACAAUCUGUAUAAUGUGACUGAUUGCGUUACAGUUUUGUACAUCUUGAUGUUUAGUGAACUAACCAAAAAAAGAGAUUAAGUGCAACUUAGGAAUUAAAUAUUUAAGUAAAAAAGUCAAUGAUAUUCGAUACACUUAAGAUGGAAUCUGAUCCGACAAACACAUAGUAGGCACUUAAAUGUCUGGAAUAAAAGCAACUCCAGUUCUUCCUCUAUAAAAUAAUCAGAGUAGAUGACAAAAUAAAGGGUACAGAUUGUUCCUUUUUCACCUUAUAUUUAAAUUUUAAGUGGCGCUGAUCGAAUUAUGAACAUAUCUUAAACGAAAAAUAGUCGUAUGUAGUAUGUAAAAUCGAGAACCGAAAGUCGAAGAUCUGUAAUGUUGAUUGUGAUGGGCUUUAGGCAGGCCAGGCCGAAAAAAAUCCUAUGAACAUCCCUAACGGCCUAAGAAAAGGCCAGCAGCUAUGUAGUUAAGUUUCAUACUAGAAAGCCAUGUUGCCUUUAUAAUUGGAAGGAACACCACCUUCUGGAUGUGACCUAGGAAUUGAAGUAGGAACUCAACACAAUGCCUGAUUUGUUGAUACUGUAAUCGUUUCGUUGGUAGUUUUAGUUCUUUAUGUAUCCAUAUAUUAAAGAUAUUGUUUUAAGUACGAAUGUGAUAUUCUUUACAUAUAAUAAAACACACAACAAGCAAGUAUUCUUCUUCCUCUUCUGUAAUGAUUGUAAUUAAGUUGUGGUUGAAAUAAAUAUCAAUAUAUGUUACUGUUCAUAGUCUUUAAGCAUAUGACAUUGAAUCUGGAAUAAGCCUUAUUGUAUAGGUCGGUUUCUUGGAAAGGAAGAAAACUUUAAAAUUCGGUCUAGAGGUUUGAAAAUGAGAGAAUGCGAUUAAAACUCUCUCUCUCUCCCCCCCCCCCCCCCCCCCCCCAAUUAUUAUUCCUAACAUACAUUGUUUCAACAUCAAUCAGUAGAUAUGUUUAGAAACAAACAUGACAAGUGCAAGCGUCUCACUAACAAAAACGUCCAAUUAUUAUUAUUAUUUUUUUAAACGUCCAAUUAAACUUUGAUUAUUUAAUUGAUUUUUGGUGGUAUCUUUGUUUAACAGUAUCAACAAUGAUUAUUUGUCAAAAAUACAAAAAUAGUAAAUCGAUUCAAAAUUUUUGGUUUUGAAAAAAAAAAGUACCGCAAUAAGCUCCUCGAUUCUCUUCUUUCCUUAUUCUUCAUCCAUUUCACCUUGGCAUCUAUCUAUCCGUAUGAAUCUCUGUUUUGAUCUCACUCCUUCACAUCUUGUUUGAUCCAUUACAUUUCACGAUCUGCGCUUCCUACAUGUGCCUGUAAAAUCUCGUUUCGUUGUUCUUUCGAGUCUUCAUUGAGGAGGGAGAACGAUGGGGGCCGUUGCUAGGACCGUGUUCCCCGUAUGUGAAAGCUUAUGUUGCUUUUGUCCCGCGUUGCGAGCCAGAUCCAGACAUCCCGUCAAAAGAUACAAACAACUUCUCGCCGACAUCUUCCCUCGUUCCCCGGAUGAGCAACCUAACGACAGAAAAAUAAGCAAACUAUGUGAAUAUGCUGCCAAAAACCCUCUUCGUAUUCCUAAGAUUACAACCUAUCUUGAACAAAGGUGUUACAAGGAACUGAGACUGGAGCAAUUUCACUCUGUAAAGACUGUCAUGUGUAUCUACAAGAAGCUCUUGGUUGCCUGUAAUGAACAAAUGUCUUUGUUUGCUAGUAGCUACCUUGGCCUCAUUCAUAUCCUUCUGGAUCAAUCCAGGCAUGAUGAGAUGCGCGUUUUAGGUUGUGAAGCUAUCUAUGAUUUUGUUACCAGUCAGACAGAAGGCACAUACAUGUUUAACUUAGAUGGGUUGAUCCCAAAAAUAUGUCCUUUAGCUCACGAACUUGGAGAAGAAGAAAGGACAAUACAUUUGUGUUCUGCUGGGCUCCAAGCUCUCUCAUCAUUGGUUUGGUUCAUGGGAGAAUUUUCACAUAUCUCAGUGGAAUUUGACAAUGUUGUCUCUGUUGUCUUAGAAAAUUAUGGAGGAGUUGUUCAAUCUUCCACUGGUGCUGUACAACAACAAGACAGCAACACUGCUUCUGAACUUUCUCCCGCAGAAGCUGAGACAAGGAUUGCUUCUUGGACAAGAAUUGUGGAUGACAGAGGCAAGGCCAUUGUAUCUGUGGAAGAUUCUAAGAAUCCUAAGUUUUGGUCGAGGGUUUGUCUUCAUAAUCUUGCCAAGUUAGCAAAAGAAGCUACAACAGUGAGGCGUGUACUCGAGUCACUCUUCCGCUACUUUGAUUUCAAUGAAGUUUGGUCCACGGACAACGGUCUUGCUUUAUAUGUUUUGCAGGACGUUCAGUUACUGAUAGAAAGAUCUGGGCAAAACACUCACUUCUUGUUGUCUAUCCUGAUCAAGCAUCUUGAUCACAAGAAUGUUCUGAAGAAACCUAAGAUGCAACUAGAUAUAGUUUAUGUUGCAACUGCACUUGCUCAACAGACUAAAGUUCAGCCAUCUGUUGCAAUAAUUGGUGCGUUGAGUGACAUGAUUAGGCAUCUGAGGAAGAGCAUUCAUUGUUCGUUAGAUGAUUCAAAUCUUGGGAAUGAGAUGAUUCAGUAUAAUCUCAAGUUUGAAACUGCAGUUGAGCAAUGCCUAGUGCAGUUAUCACAGAAGGUAGGAGAUGCAGGUCCUAUCCUUGACAUAAUGGCUGUCAUGUUAGAAAGCAUGUCAAACAUUACAGUCAUGGCAAGAACCCUAAUUUCCGCUGUCUUCCGGACAGCACAGAUUAUAGCAGCCAUACCAAAUCUAUCAUAUGAAAACAAGGCUUUUCCAGAUGCAUUAUUCCAUCAGCUGCUUCAAGCUAUGGUCUGUGCUGACCAUGAAUCUAGGAUGGGUGCCCACCGUAUAUUCUCUGUUGUUCUGGUCCCAUCUUCUGUUUGUCCAAACUCAGUUCCAAAGUCUAGAAGACCUGCUGACAUGCAGAGGACACUGUCAAGAACUGUGUCUGUGUUCUCUUCUUCAGCUGCAUUGUUUAGAAAACUGAAGAUGGAGUCAGAUAAAUCUGCAGAUGGUGCUGCAAAGAUUGAGAGAGUCUCAACGCUUAGCAGGUCACAGUCAAGGUUUGCUAGUAGAGGUGAAAGUUUUGACGAGGAGGAGCCAAAGAACAAUACAAGUUCAGUCUUGAGCCGGUUGAAGUCAAGUUACAGCAGGAGUCAGAGUGUGAAAAGGAACCCAUCAUCAAUGGUAUCUGAUCAGGAUCCUUUGGGAGGUUCGGAAGAGAAACCAGUGAUACCUUUAAGAUUAAGCAGCCACCAGAUUUGCCUUUUGCUUUCAUCCAUAUGGGUGCAGUCUUUGUCUCCUCACAACAUGCCACAAAACUAUGAAGCCAUUGCUAAUACAUAUAGCUUAGUACUUCUCUUUGGAAGGACUAAGAACUCAAGCAAUGAAGUCUUGGUGUGGAGCUUUCAGCUAGCAUUCUCUUUGAGGAAUCUUUCUCUUGGAGGACCAUUACAGCCAUCAAGGCGUAGAUCACUCUUCACUCUUGCUACAUCAAUGAUCAUUUUCGCAGCAAGAGCCUUCAACAUCCCUCCUCUUGUUAAUAACGCAAAAACCGCACUACAGGAGAAAACGGUAGACCCGUUUCUUCAACUGGUGGAAGAUUCCAAGCUAGAUGCUGUGUUCUAUGGACAAGAAGAGCAACCAGCUAAAGGUUAUGGAUCAAAAGAAGACGAUGAUGAUGCUUUGAUUUCACUUGUGGCCAUAGAAGAAACUACACAAAAUCAACCUAGAGAACAUUAUGCUGCCAUGAUAAUGAAGUUUCUUGGGAAACUAUCAGAUCAAGACUCGUCGUCUAUAAGGGAGCAGCUAGUUUCAGAUUUUAUACCUAUCGACGGUUGUCCUGUUGGAACACAGUUGACAGAAUCUCCAGUUCAUGUUCACCGUUCUGAAGAUAAAAACAACAAACCACGAGAAAUGGAUGAAACUCAGUCUCUUAUACCGGAGAUUGAUGCAGCGCCGACUCCACCAGAGGACCAGCUUGCUCUUGAUACACAACCUAAUGCCAAAACCGCGUUCCUCCUUAGCAUCGAUGAACUUCUUAGUGCAGUGUCUCAGACAACAGCACAGUUAGGGAGAUACUCAGUGUCUGAUCCGCCAGACAUGACAUACACAGAGAUGGCAGGACACUGCGAGGCUCUUCUCAUGGGGAAGCAAGAGAAGAUGUCUUUCAUGUCAGCAAAAAGCAACAAGUUCAGCAACCAAACUAAAGAGAGUACUAGUCCUGCUUUGCCUUCUGGUGGUGGUGGGAAUCCUUUUGUGGAUCAGCCAAACUCUUGGGAGACUAUGGGAUUGGGUGCACCAGCAGCAGCUUCGAAUAUGUGUGUCACUGAGUACCAAAACCAUCCUCCUUUCUUCAAUCCUCCAAGCUCCACUCCUUUUGACAACUUCCUUAAGCCCGUUGGUUCCUCCUGAUUAGUUCUUUACCUUUUGUUUCUCUUCUAUACUUACGAGAGCUAAUUUCCGCGCUGCGCGCGGAUUACAUAUUUUCAAUUUGUUUGAUUUAUAUAUUAAAAAUUGUGUAAUAUAUGAUUUGUAGCUAAAUUUGGAACAGUUUAUUCAUUACCAAUUUAAAUUGAAUAUUUUGUAGUAUUUCCAAAUUUUAAUAAGGUUUAUUUUUUCAAUUGUGUCAUAAAACUUAUGUCACUGUAAAGCAGAUUUACAUUAUAUGUAAAAUAACACAAUUAACAUAACAAAUACGAUGACAAUAAAUUGAGUUAUUUUAUAACUUUUUAAUGUAAUCAUUUUCAUUCUUUAUUCAUAACAAAGGUUUAGAAAUUUAUCAGUGUUUUUAGUUAAAAUGUUGAAAUUUUAUCACACAAAUAAUACAUGGGAACAAAUUUUAAUAUAUUUUUUAAUUUGUUAUGCUUAUUUUUUCUAUUUUCAUUUAACCCUCUGGGUUUGAUUCCAAAGUUUAAUAUACUAUAUAAUAUUAACUUUAUAUUUAAUGUUUUUCUAUUUUUAUUUAGUACAGAAAGAAUUUUAUUCUUAGAGAUUUCCUCAAUAUAACACAUAAGUUUUUUAUUUCAUAACCCGCUUUAUUACUUACCAAUUAAAUACAAAUAGAUAGUGUAUUUGCUCAAAAAAGCUCGCAAAAAGCGGUUUGGGACAUACAGUAAAACCUCUAUAAAUUAAUAACGUUGGGACUUUGAAAUUUUAUUAAUUUAUAGAGGUAUUAAUUUACAAAUUUUUCAUUAUUUAUAUUUUUAUUAUAAGAUAGAUUUAUUCUAAGAUAAGAAAAAUAUUUGACUUUAGUGUAUAUACAUUAAUUGUUAUUUUUUAAAAAAAUUAACAUUUAUAUUAAUUUUAUUAUAUUAUUUGGUGUAUAUAAUAUAUAAUGCAUAGAACGUAAAUGUGGUUUUAGAUAUAAUACUACUAAAUUUCAUCAAAGAUAUAUUAAGUGUUAAGAAAAUAUAAAGAUUUUUUCAUUGUGAAUAUAAAACAAAAAAUAUAAAAAUAGGUUCUUACUUAUAUAAAAUAUGUAUACAUAUAAAUUAUUAAUUUAUAAUUUUAAUGGGACCAUACAUUUACAUACAAUUUUCUAAAAAAAUAUAUUAUCUUAUUAUUUUAUUGAUUUGUGUCAAAUUUUAAACCGACCCAAGUUUGACCGAAAAAAUUUAUUAAUUUAUAAAAAUUAUUAAUUUAUCUAGUAUUAAUUUAUAAAGGUUUUACUGUAGAAUACUUAGGAGCUGCAUUGGCUCUUCUUUGUGGCUUCCUUGUAAUUGACUUGAAAAUUAACCGUCAUUGUACCAAUGUUUUUCUUGCACAAUUCCGCAUGAACCGAAUAGAAAUCGGAAUUCACAUCUUGUCUCAGCAUUAUCCAUGACUCAGUUCCUGAGAAGGAUUCCAUGCAAACCAAACUGAACCACAUAAACUAAAGUUCUCAGCUUUAACAACUUUAUGAGUACUUUGUCUGCAGUCCAGAGCUUAGUUAUGUCACGGCUUUAAGUAAAUUCCAAUGGUUAAGAACUAUUACCAUCUGCAACAAACAGAAACCGUCUGCGCUGAUGGAUCAAUAGACGUCUGGAAUAUAUAAAUAACACAAAAUACAGUGUUUUUGAAUAUCUGUCCAUAGAGUAAGAGCUGUCCAGAACAGAACAUAAUAAGCACGACACUCCCAAAAUUCUUCCUCCACUUAAUCAAAUUCCUAAUCUCACCACAGCUCACUGUGUGUAACUCCUUGACACUGAGGUGAGUCGACGGCAUCUCCAUGUCCUAUGGUCGCUGAUCCAAUUUACGUAACAUUAACAGAGGCUGUUGGUAUCCGACAGCAAGCAGCUGUGAAUUUCACAGUCAGAUCUGUAAAAAACCUUUCCCAUCCAUAACAAAGCUCAAAUCAAGAACCGCCACAAAGAAUCUGUGCUCAAGCAAUCUCUAUGAAAGCAAGCUUGGAACUAACCAAGACAGGAAGCAUUAACUCCUAAAACACGGAAAAAUGGUAAGACAUGUUAAACAGUUGCAGAGGAACCAUCACAAUUCGAUGCAAUGAGGCUUUAGGAGAAUGCUCAUCAAAUCUGAUAUCACACUGUUCAAAAUUCGUAUUCCUAGUGAAAUAACACGCAGAAUCAACAUUUUAUCUAACUUAGGUACAUAUACAACCCAUGGAAAACUCACCUCAAAGUGUACUAUAGCUAAUGAUCUUGAAUAUCCUUGCGGUCUUAAGUAUUAUUACAUUUCUAAUAUGAUAUUUGGUAACGAAACAAAAGAAGAUUCACUUUCUCACUUCUCAAUUAACCUCAAAGAAGAAGCAUGUCUCCUAGUUAUUGUCUGUGCAGUUUAUAAAUAGACCAUGAUUAUGAAGAGACCAUUCAAGUUCAAAUGGAAAAAGCCCACCUAUACAUGAAGCUAGGCUCAUGAAUGCUAAUCAAAAAGUAUUGGUGUCGAAAGGUGUCGAAAGUGGAUCGAUGGUAGCAUAAAGUAAAGGUUUUAGUAGAGUAAAACAGUGGAAUCCUAAAUAGGUAAAUUGUUGUGAAACACUUAAAAAUGCAAAAAAAAAAAGAAAAAAAAAAGAACAAUGGUCACCUGUUUAGCAAGCGUGCUUUUUCCCAUGUACUUUCUUCUCCUGUAAUGUCCACAAAAAUAAAUCAUUCUUAGGGAUCUCUACACGCUCUUUUUACAUAUAUUUUUUACAUAAGGUUUGAACGCAAAGACGUUGGGAAGGGCGCCAUACAUAAGUUGAUUAUGCAUAGAAUGAGUUCAAAUUGUUUUCAUCAUAUGAGGAAAACUGUGUACCAUCAUGACAAUCACUAUAGAUAAAUAAUUGACAUUCAAAUUAAUUAUAAUGGUUAAACACAUAUUUAUACAUGCACAAAUUCAAAUAUAGAAUUGGAUUAGUGUGUGUAUAAGCUUAUAGGGUAUAUAUAUAUAAUAUUUUUUAAGAAAAGUAUCAAGCUGCUGCUCCUGAUUCUGGAGCUCCUUUUGGACUAAUUCAUUCCAAAUCUUGUGCCACAUAAUGUCUCUAGCUAAUCCAUACCAUCCUCUCUUUUGUUAAUUUCCAAGGUUAAGUAUAGAGUAUUAUUAUUCAUAGAUGCUUAUUCAUAAUUAUUUUUAUAAAGAAACACCAUAAGCUGAUGUAGAUUUUUAAAGAAGAAUCUUUCAUUAUUCGAGAAGAAAAACUAACCUUGGUAGGGGAAACAUGACCUUCAAAUCUGAGAACUACAUACUUUCUAGAUGUUGAAGUAUAGUAGUGGCUCACCUAAAAACCUGUGACAUAAGGUAGAUAAAGUUGCCGAAACCAAAUCCUCAACCACAAUACAAAAAAUGACUUUUGAUCAUGGGCGGAUCUACUUAAGGUAAGUAGGAGGCAGCUGCCCCCCCCCUCCAUAAAAUUUUAAACUUUCCUUUAAAUGUUAAAGCAGAAUUAAGUUGCCCCCGUUGGAAAAUAUUAUACAUUUUGAAUAAAUUUGAAUGACAAAAAAAUAGAUAUGCGUCGAUGAUAACCUGGAAAUGAACGAUUCAUAAUUUAAUAGAUCUUAAAUUCCACCAUGAAUCAUAUAAGACAUUCCUUUUUCUACGUGACCAUGCAAUCCUGAGGUGAUUAAGCAAAUGACGUAUGGUAACAACUGAAAGAAAUAUUAGAACCAAUCAGUCAACAGCACAAGGGCGGGAAAAUGAGAA